AAGUUUCUUGUGUCCUCUGAGCUCGGGUUGAGAUCACGUUCAUCACAGUCUGUGACUGUCUGCAUAAAAAUUCUUCUUCAAAUCUCAACUUUCUCCUUCUUUUCUCUCUACUCUCCAAUCGCCUGGUUAUUAGGUUAAACUCUUCAGGAAGUAAUGCAAUUAAGAGAGGGGAAUUCUGCACUCCGGAACAGACAAAAUUGAGCUGAUGUUUAUCGCGGCCUGCAGUGUAGAGUAGGUGUUCAGCACUGCUGUUGACAGUAGAUGUGUGUGAUGCUGGCAGGAGAGAGAGCUGCUUUCAUUUCCAUGUUCCUGUGGGUUUGAUCUUACAUGUUAUGCAUGUAAAACAACUGGUAAGAUUUUCAUCAUGCCACUUGGUGUUAUUAUUAGUUGUUAGACCUAGUCAGCAGGGGAAUGAACCUGUGGUGGUCAGAAUUUUUCCUGCUGUUUCAGUACUUUUUUGUGAAGAUGCCUGUAUUAACCACCUAAAACUAACAAGGAAAGCUGUUUUAAAAUAAUUUUUAAAACUAUGCAGCAGCUAUCAAGUGUUCUCAGUAAUUCAUGUUUUCACAUUAUAUUAGUCAAAAUCUAAUAUAGUCAUACUCAAAUUCCACAUAAAACCUGACUGAAAAAUUCUCCAGUUUCUAGUUUUUAGGGUAAUGUGCCUCAGUAGAAUUCUAAGAUCAUCUUUAAAAUCAGUAGGCAAUAAACCAUAACUAGCAGCAUGCUUUUGCAGGGUAAGCAAGAAUUUUAAGGUCAUUUUAAAAUGCAGCCCUGUGUGUUAGAAUGCUGUGCGUUCACUGCCUGAGAUUUUUCCAUUCUUGUGGCUCAUCCUGGUUUUCUAUUUUGUAGGCAGUCUCAUGGGAAUACUUGUAUUCGGUUCAGCACUUCUGGGUUUUCCCUCUGUCCUUUGUGUUUUUGUCUUUGCAUCCUUCAACACUUCCUGUAUCUGUGCAAUAAUUAUGAGUGCCUGAUGCACAAACCACGCCGUGCAGUCACUGCUCUGCUGAAGCACUGAAUUUCUCUGAAGUUCCUCCUGCUGUUACUGGAUCUGCACAUGAUCACUGUUCACGCCGUGGGGGAAUUAGUUAUCAAGAAGCAUGAAGCAUGGUGGGAGUACUUCCUAACAGAAAAUCAGGAAUCUGUGGCACAAUUGCACUUUGUUGAAAAUUGCGGAGAGUUCUCUAGCACUUUUAUUUAGUAAUUAAAUUCAAGACAUGGGGCCUAUGAAAUACAAAUCAAGCGUGUCCUCAGUGUCCUGUGGUCUGCAGUAUCACCACUCAUUGAUGAAGUGGAGUCCAAAAGUGAACUUACACAUGGUGAGGACUUACUGCCCAUCGGCACCCAAGAGGCCCGAAGCCAAGUCUGCAGUGGAAAUGGCCAUGGGCCUCCUUCAUCGGAUCACAGAAUCAGGGACUGCUAUGGGGAAAAACUCCCUCCAAAAAGUGUCUGCAACGUGCAGGAAUUGGUGGGACAGAUAUGAAGAAUUUGUUGGAAUCAAUGAAGUUCGAGAGGCUCAGGGAAAAGUGACAGAGGCAGAAAAUGUCUUUAUGAUAGCUCGAGGGAUAGUUCGAGAGGCUCGUGAAAAUGUAGAAGCCCAACAGAUUAAACUGAAGGAAAUUCGGGAUCGCUUAGACAGGGUCUCUCGGGAUGACACCCAGUAUUUAGAACUGGCUACUCUGGAACACAGGUUGCUGCAGGAAGAGAAGAGGUAUCGAGCUGCAUAUUUAAAUGCAGAAGAAUCUGAGAGAGAAAAAUUCUCUCUCUUCUCUGCAGCUGUCAGGGAAAGCCACGAGAAGGAACGCACAAGAGCUGAAAAAACAAAGAACUGGUCUAUUAUUGGCUCUGUGCUGGGAGCUGUUAUAGGUGUUCUUGGUUCCACCUAUGUCAAUCGAGUAAGGCUGCAGGAAUUGAAAGUCUUGGUGCUUGAAGCACAGAAGGGCCCAGUAAAUUUACAAGAAGCCAUCAAAGAACAGGCCUCCAGCCAUUACUUGCAGCAGAAAGAUCUCAGUGAUGUCAUAGAAGACCUAAAAAAUGUGCUGCAAACAACAGCAUCGAAGGGAGGGAAAGAAGGGGCUUCGUUAACUAGAGAAACCAGGAAUGACUCCAUAAAAAUAGAUUCUCUUUUAAUGCCUUUAAAUGAGCAGCUAAACUACAUUAAACAAGUCAGUUCAUGUCUAGGGAGUUUACAGCAGCAGUUUAACAGUCUGCAGGAAAGUAUCACACAGGUGCUCUCUGAGCUGCAGAGUGUCAAACUCGCCAUCCAGUCCCGACCUACAGAAAGAGUGAUGCCAAGGCCUUCAGGGGAGGGCAAGGGCCAGGCUGCUGCUGUGAGAGAUGUGAUUUUGGAGUUGUGUGAUACCGAGCGGAGACUGGAAACGCAAAUCAAGAGAAGUUCCAUUUACAGCACUGCACUGACAUGUGCUAUGUUUGCCAUUACUCUGCCUGUACUCUAUAUCAUACUGAAAGGGAACUGAUCCCUAAUUAAUUGCCACAACUUAUUAGAUUAAUAAAGGUAAACUUGCACUCUAAGUACCCGGAGUACAAGUCCAAAUAAAGCUGCUGUAGUGUUUCUCA